AAGGAAUGUAUUUUGAAAUGAAAAAACAUAUGAAUAAUAUUCAUAGCAGUCACAUUUUAAAAGGUUCAAGACAGUUGUUUGAUAUCUUGUUGGACAAAUAUUAUGCUCCAAAUAAUUGGUUCUUAAUUAAUCACAAUGAAUUCUUUGCAAUUACUUUUCAUUCAAAUAGAUACCUGCAAAUACAAGUGAAUUUUAUUGGACCCAUAGAUAAAUCAAAACAAUUUAAAUUUUCAAUUACAUUGAUUCAACAUAUUGCUCAAAAUGUAUCAAAAAAGUUAGUGUACCAGAAACCAAUACUUCCUUAUACACAAAUUAAAGAGAUAUCCUACCAUAACGGUUUAAUAGAAAAUGUAUUUUCUUUACCAUGUGAGGUAAUUGAGCCAUUCAUAAGAAAAAACCCUCGUCGUUUACCAAUUAUAUUAAGAGUUCAUACUGUUUCAAGUUAAUAAGCACUUUUAUAACAAUUUUUGUUAUUUUUUUUUUCAUAAUAAAUACUUAUUAUACU